CAUCACUCCUCUUGCGCAGUGCCAACUGAAAACACUAAUGGCCACACCAAGUACUGAGAGAAUACAGCAAGCCGCUACGAAGCUAUUAGAAGAAGCUCGUGCAGAGGGGAAAUUGAGCAAGCUCACUGUACGCAUUGUGCGUGAGCGGCUAGAGGAAAGCCUUAACCUCUCAGCUGGAACUUUAGACGCAAAAGAGUACAAGACGUCUAUCAAGAAAACAGUCGUCGAAUAUCUGGACAAUGUUUCAACAACACCACUGAAUGAGGCAGAUGAUGAAGAAAGCCAGCCAAAACCCUCAAAGAAACGCAAGGGAGGGGCCGACGAAGAGCCUGUCAAACCUCGCAAAGGCGCCUCUAAGCCCAAGCCGUCGCCCGGAAAGAACAAUCAAGGAAAGCAGGUGCCCAAGUCCUCUGCUAUAGUGGACUCUGAAGUGUCCGAAAUAUCUGAAGACGAAGUUCCAGCUCGGAAGAAACAGGUCAAACCUCCGAAAAGUAACGGCGAGCAUGAAACGAAACCCUCUGGCUCCAAACGCUCUCAGAAGGCAUCAAGAACUAAGAAGUCGACUAGCGGAACCGCUGUGAAGGAACAUAAAUCAGCCUCUACUGUCGAGUCUUCUGGGGAUGAGGCUGAUGCUAAGCAUGCAUCCAAAUCUGUUGUGACGUCUUCAAAGAAAGAAAUAUUGUCACCUAAGAAAUCGCCUUCGAAGGAGAAACCUCUAUCUAAACCUAAGUCAUCCACCAAGCAAAAUGCGGAACAUGAGGUGGUCGACGAGCUCGAGCACGGAGCAAGUUCUUCCACCUCAAAGCCUCAGGAACCCGUCGUUCUGAAACAUGCACUUCCCCACAGCGAACCUGAGAAUGACACCGAUAUGUCAGUAGUCGUCGAUGAACCCCCGAAGAAAAGAAGGAAGAAACAGGAAAAGGAUUCAAACAAGAAAGCCUCGACAGAACGUAAGAAGACACAGAAGAGCAACGCAGGGUCAUCUAAGGAUGAUGAGACUGUCUCCAAACUCAAGGCUAUAGUGGUUGCUUGUGGCGUACGCAAGAUGUGGAAGAAAGAAUUCGCAGAUUUGGAUACACCGUCAGGCCAAACUAAACGACUGAAAGAAAUUCUCAAGGAAUUAGGAAUGACGGGUCGCCUCACUCUGGAAAAAGCAAAGACUAUCAAAGCAGAGAGAGAAUUCGCACAAGAACUUAGGGAUGUGCAAGAUUUCGCAGAGGCAGAACGCCGGCGGGAAAGGAAGAAAGAAAAGAGGGAAUCGCAGGAUGAACAGUCGGGACCAGGAAGUGACGAUGAGGACGAGGACCCACCACUCAAGAGGAAGAAAACUGCGGGCGCGAGCAUUCUAGCCUUUUUGGGGGACCAGAGUGACGACGAAUAAGUUGAUGGGUUACUUCUCACAUCUUCUUGAUAUUCCUUCUUGAAUCCUAUGUAACUUCCCACUGACUUGACGUUUUGUACUACGUGCACCCCUGACGAAGCUGUAUGACAUCGUGGUCAGCGAUGGUCCUGCGUGGUUUUU